CCUAAAGUUCUUCCAAAAAGUGAAUUCGUUAGUAUGAAUUCGUCUGUUUCUCGUUCAAACAACAUUUCAGCACCUAAAAUUAUUGGAACAUUAAAUUUGGCAGGUACUCCCUCAACUUCGAAAGUGAAGAAUAUUUUUGAGGAUAAGAGCUCUGAUAGUCCUCAAAAGGCUCCGAUUCCGCCUCCUGCUCCUCUUCCGUUCAAUAAAAAUCUUGAGAAUGAGGCUGAUAGUAACAAAGAGGAUGUUACAGUCCAAGAAGAUGAAGAGGACGACCCCUUUGAAGCUUUUAUGAAAGGUGUCGAGCAGGAAGCCUGUGCUCAGGACGACCUUGGCAUGGACAAAAAGGAUGAGGAGAAUGUUAUCUCUUAUGAAGACAUCCUAAAAAUGAACAAUGACCAGACAGAGUCUGUAAUGGAGCAAUCCAAUAUGGAUUCUGAUGAAGAAAUGGAGAUUGACAAUGCUCCACAGAAGAAAAUGGAUGAGGAAACUUAUCACCAAGAGUUCAUGAAAAAGCUUAAAAGAGAAACCGUUGCAAAGGAACAAGAGGUCUUCUUCAGUGAUGAUGACGAUGAGUUUAUUGAAAAUUUUGAAGCCAAGAAAGAAACUGGCACCGAUGAUUAUUUGGAAAAGCAAAAGAAAGCUAAUGAGAAAAGAGAGCUCCUUCUAUCGCAUAAAAUGCAGAGGAGGGGCGAACUUGAGCCUUUCCAGAAGAACUUUUAUAUCGAGCCUAAAGAAAUCACUGAUAUGACGGAGGAGCAAGUCGAGCAGUACAGAAAAGAUCUAGGAGAUGUCGCUGUGAGAGGUGUUCAGUGUCCUAGACCUAUUAUGACAUGGUACCAGUGAGGACUGACUCAAAGAAUCCUUACUGUGCUGGAAAAGAAAAAUUUUGAGGAACCUCGUCCUAUUCAGAAGCAAGCCCUUCCGGCUAUUAUGGGAGGAAGAGAUGUGAUUGGAAUAGCUGAGACAGGAAGUGGUAAAACACUUGCAUAUCUACUUCCUAUGCUUAGGCAUAUCUUAAAUCAGAGGCCCAUCAAGGAAGGAGACGGAAUGAUUGGGCUAGUAGUAGCUCCAACUAGGGAGCUAGCCCAACAAAUCUAUAAUGAGACCAAGCUAUUCACCAAGUAUCUUAACUUGAAUGCUGUCUGUGUGUAUGGAGGAGCUGAUGUUGGAUCCCAAUUGAGUCAACUUAAGAGAGGUGCUGAAAUUGUUGUUUGAACCCCUGGAAGAAUGAUCGAAGUCUUAACUACUAAUGGAGGGAAAUUUACCAACCUCCAUAGGGUUACUUAUCUUGUGCUUGACGAGGCUGACCGUAUGCUUGAUAUGGGAUUUGAGCCCCAAAUUUCUAGAAUUAUUGGUGGGUGUAGAGAUGAUAGACAGACUGUUAUGUUCUCUGCCACCUUCCCGAAGACAAUAGUUAGUUUAGCCAAGAGGAUCCUUACCUCCCCUCUGGAGAUAGUCGUAGGCAAUAGAGGCCAAGCUUGUAAAGCAAUUGAGCAAUUUGUUGAAAUAAUUGAGGAAGAUGACAAACUCCUCAGACUGACCCAAAUUCUUGACAAAUGGAUUAAUAUUGGAAGUGUGUUGAUAUUCGUCGACUCUCAGAAAGAAGCAGAUGAGCUCUUCGAGAACUUAUUCAAACUUGGCUACAAACUAUUUACUCUCCAUGGAGGUAUUGAUCAUACUGAUAGAGAGUAUACGAUUCAGGAUUUUAAGAAAGGAAUCAGGAAGAUCAUGGUCGCAACCUCUAUUGCUGCGAGAGGACUAGAUAUCAAGUCAAUCAGAGUGGUGAUUAACUACAAAUGUCCUAACCAUAUGGAGGAUUACAUCCAUAGGAUCGGUAGAACUGGUAGAGCUGGAAAUGCAGGCACAGCAUACACCUUCAUCACUAGUGAUGAAGAACACUAUGCUAGCGAUUUAGUUAAAGCUCUAAAGUCUUCAGAGCAGCCUGUAAGCCAAGAAUUGCUUGAGCUUGAUGAAGAAUACCAGAGGAAGGUCAGAGAAGGAGAAAUAGCUUAUAAAAAGAAAUAUACGGUUGCAACAGGAAGAGGAUAUGACUUCACUGAAGAGGAAAGAAAGAAAUUUGCAGAUUCUAAAAAGAAUCAAGAGAAGGGACUCUUUGCCGAAGCUGAAGAAGAAAUCUCAGAUUCAGAGAUUAAGAUCAGGGAAGCUGGUGAAACUGAAGAUGAGAACUUCCAACUCAGUGAUCACCGUUUGAAUGAAAUCUUGAGAGACCCUAAAGCUAAGCAAAUUGCUAGAGAGGCCUCUCUGAAAGCAACUAAAGAAGCACUGGUACAAGGGUUAGAAGGAGAUAAAAUUGUCGAACUUGCCGAUAAAGCUAUUAUGGAAGCACUUUCGACUUACAGACCUCAGUCUAAGUUUGAGAAAGGAAUGGAGCAAGCUAUGAAAGUCAGAGAUUCUUUCAUGGACAGAGAAAAUGAGUCAAGUGAUCACUUCACUGCAAAGUUUGAAAUCAAUGAUUACCCUCAGAAUUCGAGAUCAAAGGUUUGCUCAAGAGAUUUCUUGAGUACUAUUUAUGACCUGACUGGGUGCCAAGUUUCAGUCAGAGGAACUCAUUUCGAACAAGGCAAGGCUGUCCCUAUGGGCCAGACAAAGCAAUACUUGUUCAUUGAAGGUAGUUCAAAGCACGAAGUUGCAAACGCUUAUAAAGAAUUGAAGCGUGUAUUAGAUGAAAGCGCAUCAGCUGCAGCAGCAAGCGGAAUGGGAGGAGCUGGAAAAUACAAUGUUAUAUAAUUUGACCCAA